AAUCUCCUCUUUCUCUUUUGUAUUGAUAUGCCCCUAUGUGUUGUUUACUUACUCCACGCAACUUCCACCCUGACACUCUUCCUUUCAUCCUCUAUUCUUUCUUCUGAGCAAUGGAGUCGAAGCUUCUGUUUCUUUCCUCUCCAGGUGUAGCUGCUCUUAAAGGGUCCAAGUUUUCCAAACCCAGCUGCACUUUGACCCUGAAACCCAUACAAAGUCCCAGGUUCAUGGUGGGGGAUUCAUCAAGAUUGGCAAAGAACAGCAUUCAAUCCAUUCAGGUUUCUGCUACCUCUUCUGGAUCACUGUCUAUCAAGGAAAGGGUGGAUGAGAGCGAGAACUUGACUCUUGAUGCCAUAAGGCGUUCUUUAAUUCAACAAGAGGACAGUAUAAUAUUUAGCAUUCUAGAGAGAGCUCAAUAUUGUUAUAAUGCAGAUACAUAUGAUCCCAAUGCUUUCUCAAUGGAUGGGUUCCAUGGCUCUUUGGUGGAGUAUCUGGUUCAAGAGACUGAGAAGCUUCAUGCUCAGGUUGGCAGAUACAAGAGCCCAGAUGAGCAUCCUUUCUUCCCAGACCAGCUGCCUGAGCCGCUGUUGCCUCCUAUGCAAUAUCCAAAGGUACUGCACCCCUGUGCUGACUCGAUUAACAUCAACAAAAGAGUAUGGGAUAUGUACUUCAGAGAUCUCAUUCCGAGGCUUGUGAAGCAGGGCAACGAUGGCAAUUGUGGAUCUACUGCUGUUUGUGAUACAAUGUGUCUGCAGACACUUUCAAAAAGAAUUCACUAUGGUAAAUUUGUAGCAGAGGCUAAAUUUCAAGAAUCUCCUAAUGACUAUACAGCUGCUAUUAGGGCACAGGACAGGGACAGACUGAUGGAAAUGCUUACAUACCCGGUGGUUGAAGAGGCAAUCAAGCUAAGGGUGGAAAUCAAAGCCAAAACUUAUGGGAUUAAAGUAACUGUGGGCAAGCAGCAAAAUGAUGCAUAUCCGGUGUACAAGAUAAAACCAAGCUUGGUUGCUGAUCUCUAUGGGGAGUGGAUCAUGCCACUCACAAAGGAAGUUCAAGUUGAGUACUUACUAAGGAGGUUGGAUUGAAUCCAUAAGCCGUUUUGUUUACCUUAUGAAAUGCAGCCACAUCGGAGCCCUUCCUGUUGUUGCUGUUGUGUAGUUGUGUAAGAAGACUAAGGUAUGUUUCCUUUAUGUAAAGAAAAAAACCUCAUGAGUGGGGGCUAUAUCAAACGAGAAAAUUGUUUUACAUGACAGAUUGUAUGUAGUCCGUCUCUUAAUUUUCUUGUUAUAUUAUUUAUUAAAGACAUUUAAAUAAUUUUACAAAAUAAAUUACAUACAAUCUCUCUUGUAAAGCAAUUCUCUUAUAUCAAGUAUGGUACCUGUCUCUUUUGUUAAGUAUUCCACUUUCUUUUCCCAAAAAAAAUAAAGUUAAAUGUCAAUU